CGGUCUAGGCAUUGAGACACAGCCACGGUGUUUGGGAGUAAAGUGCUCACUCAGAUGGGUUUUAGAGAAGGGCGGAGAGCUCGCCUCAUGAGGGCAUAACGGCAGUGUACUUGUGGGCUUUGUAUUUAUUUUUGCUUCAGAGUUGCUUUGUUUUAUAUCCAGAUAAAGCAAACACCUCUUGAUUUGAAAUGUAGCUUUUAGCCCUUGUAAAGUAAAUGGACGCCGCGGUGAAAUUGGAGACUGGUGCUCCGCUCUCUCAUUCACGAUGAAUCUCUGAAACCGCUGACUGUCCGUGUCUUCGGCGAUGCCUCCGCAGGGAGGUGGAGAAUUCAAGCCCGCUCCAGGUACGGUAGUGCCACCGGUUCCCCCGAGGAGAUUCCGGAGUAGAGAUUUGUCAUCCGCGGUGAAGAUCCGCUUCGGGGCGGCAGCGGAGCGCAGGGUGAAGUGCGUGCUGGUUGGUGAUGGUGCAGUGGGUAAAACUAGUCUCAUUGUGAGCUAUACCACCAAUGGAUAUCCCACCGAGUAUGUUCCAACAGCGUUUGACAACUUUGCAGCGGUUGUAGCUGUGGAUGGCAAGCCUGUGAAACUUCAGCUUUGUGACACAGCCGGUCAGGAUGAGUUUGACAAGCUCCGGCCACUGUGCUACACCAAUGCUGACGUCUUCUUGCUCUGCUUCAGUGUGGUAAGUCCCUCCUCUUUCCAGAAUGUGAGGGAGAAGUGGGUGCCUGAGAUCCGCCGGCACUGUCCGAGGGCACCGAUACUGUUGGUGGGCACUCAGGCUGACCUGCGGCAAGAUGUCAAAGUGCUCAUCCAACUGGCCCAGUACAAGGAGCGGCCGGUGGACCCCCAGGAGGCCUGCGUGUGUGCUGAGGAAGUGCAUGCCGUCUCGUACAUGGAGUGCUCAGCGCUCACCCAGAAGAACCUGAAGGAGGUGUUUGACACGGCUAUAGUGGCCAGCAUCCAGUACUCGGACAGCCAGCAGCAGAAAAAGCUUAAGAAGCGGACGCCCGAUAAAAUGAGGAAGCUCUCUGAGUCCUGGUGGAAGAAAUACUGCUGUUUGGUGUAGACGUGAGAAUAUGACUGCAUACUGUUGAUGUGAAUGCGGUUAGACUGGAACUGGCUUUUUUGGAUAGAAAUGGACACAGAUCCAUCUGCUUUAUGAGACCGUGUUAGUGGAUUAACUGGAGCACACGUGGCCGUGAAAUUAAUCGGACAUUUUAGAAAAGAUCGGCCAGCUUUUGUGAUGAAAUGGAAAGAUUCAUAGAGACUCAAAGUUGUCCGCUAAAUUUUAGGAUCUGCUCUUCAUUUGGAAAGUCCCAAGUUAACCUCAAAUACUCAUGUGAACAAUUCAGGGCGAGAGUCAUCUGUCUUUCUUUACUUUAUCUCUUGUUGAAGAGGGUUUCAAGUGGACUUAAGAUCUAGUUUCAAGAUCUAGUUUAGACUGCCAGAACUUUGCUUCUUCAUUUAGAAACUGUGAAAAGCAACCUGGUCGGUCUCAGCAUGUUGUUGGUGUUUUAACACUUCUUUUGCUUAUAGAAUGGGAUUAUUUGCCUUUGUUAUUCCCUCGUCUUGGAGGAGAAGUGAUCCAGAGGGGGUUCGGUCUGAUAUAAUCAAGUGCUCCUUCAUGUAUCUGUCAAAGCAUUAAGUGUGAUGUAGAGUACAAGCAGAUGUUUGGACACACUAUCAACUUGAUGUCACUGACAUUUACCUUGUUGUCCUGUGAGGGUGAGUGAUUGUCCAUUUUAGAGACAGCAGGGCGCUGGCACAUCUCUCCAAGGCUGUCUUGUUUACAUUUGGAGUUAAGUCCAGAUCCAAACAUGCUGUGAGGUCAGGGUCUUUGAGUGUAAGUAAGUACACUUAGUAGGCCAGUUGGAUUGUAUAUCUGGUCAUUGACCCUGGAGCUUCAUCAAAAACAGAGUGUUUUGAGUGAAGCAUUUCAGUGCUGUCAGGAGGAAUCUGACUGAGUCAGACGUUAUUGCAUAUUUAUAGGAAUAUACACUAAUGUUCAUAAGUUUGGGGUUG